AUGGGGGAGCAAUGGAGAGCAGAAAGGAGUCAACUUGGAGAGCAGAUAGAGAAAAUUGGAGAUAAUCUUAGGAGCAUUGCAACUGCCUCCAGUGUUGAAAUGGAUGACUUGAGGGCUACGGUGUGCAAUUUAUCCGAAAGAAAUUGUGAGCUGCAAGAACAAUUGGAACAAUGCAAUGCAAACUUCAAUAUGAAGAGUAGGCUUGUUGGUUCAUUGCAACUAAAAUUAUCUCAUAUGGAGGAAUUGGUAAUGUCGUUGGAAAGGAAAUUGGAAGAUGCAAACUCCCAGCUACUUAGAAAGGAGCAAUGGAUAUUAUCCCUCAAUGAACGGGAGGACACUAGUGUACUCACAAUUAAUGAAAAACUUACAUUGUGCCCGAUUCUGGGUGAGUUUAAUACACUGGAGUCACCCAUGUGCCUGUCUAAUAAAUUUGAGGCUAUGGUACAGAAAUACACUUUGACUGAUAAAGAUGCAUGCUCUCUUCUAAAGGCUUGGGUGCCAGCACCUCUAGCAGCCCAGGUAUCUGCAUAUGAGAAUGACAACUUAGAUGCAGAGGGAAGGAUGCAAGAACUGCAGCGUGCGUUAAAAAGUCGUGAUGAUAGAGGGAUAAAUGCGUUACAAACAAUGAGAUUUAGAAGAGGAGAUUACCCUAUAUUGUUCUGUAACCAAUAUCUUUCAUUGUACAAAAGUGUGUAUAACUGUCCUGGUAUGUCUGCUGAUGAUUCAAGCUUCAUAUACUCAAUGGCCAAUAUAUGUUAUCUGAACUAUCCUAAUAGGAUUGCCCUCAGAAAUGCCAAUUCAUACCAGAGUUUUAUCAAUAUACUUAGAGACUGGUGUGAAGAAUCCAGUGAUGGUUAUAGAUCAGAUGCAGAUAUAUCAGUAGUGAGCAGAGGUACAAGAAGGAAUAAAUUCAUCAGGUGUUACAAAUGUCACAGACUAGGGCACAUUCAGAGAUUUUGUAGAACCCCCGAUAUUUCCAGCCUGAUACCGGAUGAUAAAAGUAUAUCCACCCAGGACAAGGAAAGCAUACCAAAGGAGCCUGAUCUAAUGGAUAACAGCCUUGGGGAGUCAAGAAAUGCUGAGGGGAAAAAGGAGGAGAUUACAGAUAACAAUGGCCCCCACCCUCCAAAUAGCCAACAGCCAUGGGGGACGAGCAUACUAAUGUUUGCACCCUGGGCUACUCUUCCAUUUUGGCUUCAUGCAGUUGGUCCCAAAUAG